AUGACAACAGCCCAAUCUACCCUAUUAGCCAGCACCCUCGUGGCUCGCUUUCUGCGGUCAAAUAACUUCACGCAGACCCUCGACGCCUUCAUCCGCGAAGCGGGACUUCCAGCGGACGCGGGGCAACAGAGUGCAAAGGGCAACGGCCCCAACAGCUGGACCAUCGAGGGGGUGCUAGAGGAGAAGAAGACAUUCGAUAAGAGUGUUAAUUUCGAGAGGUACGGAGAGGAUGAGAAGGAGAAGGGGAUUUGGAGUGUUCCAGCACCAUCAAAACCAACAAUAAUCCGAACACCCACAUCUUCAAACCUCCUAGCUGCAUCUGUCGAGUCCUGGCAGAAACCCGGCGAUGAAGAUAACAGCCAAGACGCAUCACCAUAUCUAGUAGCCACUGGGGCUGAUCGACAAAUGCAUCUAUUCAAGACAGCAGAAGGGAACAGCUCUGUUACUUCAUUCAAUGGUCUUUCCGACUCGCCUAUUCUAUCUUAUGCUUCUGCCCGAAAUGGCAGAUACGUUUUCAUGACCAACAUGUCUGGUCAACUUCUUCUCCAGCGGGGAAAGGAGAUUAUAGAUCGCAGAAAGGAUCAUGCGAAGUAUGCGGUUAAGGUUUCUGUGUACGAAGAUGGACAUACAGGAACUAUUUGGAUUGCUACUGCUGGUUGGGACUCGAAAAUCUUCAUUUAUCGAGUGAAUAUUCCGGAUGAGGCAGAGGAUCCAGCAGUCCUGCUCGGUGAGCCUGCUGCGUAUAUCAACCUGACGACAAACCCGGAAUGCAUGCUGUUCGUUCGAAACGCUGACUCCGGCGAGCUGACUCUGCUCGCCUCACGACGUGACUCGACCUAUCUUUACUACUACCAGAUCGACUCGGCGGCUACCACUCCUACUACACCAACCGAGAGCAAACUACUAGGAAAGCAGAACCUCGCACCACACUCCAAUGCCUGGGUUGCGUUCUCCCCCUCUUCAUUCGCGCUCAGCCCCCACGACCCCGGGCUUCUUGCCGUGGCUUUGUCAACACUCCCACACAUGAAAGUGAUGAUCGUGCGCCUUCUCUUCCCAACGGAAAGUGUGGAUGGAGAAGUCCCUGCAGAGCCAGCAACGCAGGCCGCCCAGGCUCUGGCUACUCUGUCUCUACAGAACCGCGAAGACGCGGCUAUUUUGAUCCAGGCGAAUACGUUUGCUUCGCAGACAGCUUACUCGACACCGCAAGUGGCGUGGCGACCUGAUGGAUCGGGUGUUUGGGUGAAUGGAGAUGAUGGUGUUAUUCGAGGGAUAGAGGCCAAGACGGGCAAGGUUGUUGUCAUGUUGAAAGAAGGUCAUGACUAUGGGUGUAAAGUAAGAACUAUCUGGGCUGGUUCGGUUGAUGUCUCUCGAGAUGGGGAGACGGUCAAGGAGGAAUGGAUUGUUAGUGGUGGUUUCGAUAAGAAGCUUAUUGUUUGGAAAAGAUGA